UUUCUUUUCAAGCAGUCUUUACAAAAUUUUCCCUCUUAUAAAUAACCUUCUCCUCUUCUCUCUUCUCUCUUCUCUCUUCUUUCUUUCAUUUCCCUCUCUUCUCUCAAACCCCAAACCAAACCAUUAUCCCGUCUCUCUCUCUCUCUCCUAGGGUUUACUCCUCUCUUUCUCCGUCUACUGUGCUCCGCUCCGUUUCUAGGGUUUAUCACACUCCGCUGUCUCUAACAUGGCGGCCGAGAAGCUUAGGGAUUUGAGUCAACCGAUUGACGUUGCUAUCCUUGAUGCUACCGUUGCCGCCUUCUAUGGCACCGGAUCUAAGGAAGAGAGAACAGCUGCAGACCAGAUAUUGCGGGACUUGCAAAACAAUCCUGAUAUGUGGCUCCAAGUCGUGCACAUUCUACAAAAUGCAAAGAACCUGAAUACCAAGUUCUUUGCCUUGCAGGUCUUAGAAGGUGUUAUAAAGUACAGAUGGAAUGCAUUGCCUGUUGAGCAGCGUGAUGGAAUGAAAAAUUACAUAUCAGAUGUUAUUGUACAGCUUUCAAGCAAUGAGACUUCUUUUCGAGUAGAGAGGCUGUAUGUCAACAAGUUGAAUAUCAUAUUAGUUCAGAUUUUGAAGCAUGAUUGGCCAGCAAGAUGGCAAAGCUUUAUUCCUGAUCUUGUUUCAGCUGCUAAAACUAGUGAAACAAUUUGUGAGAAUUGCAUGGCUAUAUUGAAGCUUCUAAGUGAAGAGGUAUUUGAUUUCUCAAGAGGAGAGAUGACUCAAAGUAAGAUAAAGGAGCUUAAACAAUCAUUGAACAGUGAAUUUCAACUCAUUCAUGAGCUAUGCUUAUAUGUACUAUCAGCCUCUCAAAGAACUGAGCUAAUACGUGCAACACUGUCCACAUUGCACGCAUUUCUCUCAUGGAUUCCCCUGGGAUAUAUAUUUGAGUCUCCAUUGCUUGAAACACUGCUGAAUUUUUUCCCCAUGCCAUCGUAUCGGAAUCUCACUCUUCAGUGUUUGACAGAGGUUGCAGCACUUAAUUUUGGAGAUUUCUACAAUGCCCAGUACGUUAAGAUGUACACCAUAUUCAUGAAACUGUUACAGACCAUGAUUCCUCUUAAUACAAAUAUUCCCGAGGCUUAUGCAAUUGGUUCCAGCGAAGAGCAGGCUUUUAUUCAGAAUUUGGCUUUGUUUUUCACUUCAUUUUAUAAGUCUCACAUUCGUGUGCUGGAAACUCCUGGAGAGAACAUAGCUGCUUUGCUCAUGGGUGUUGAAUAUCUUACCAAAAUUUCAUAUGUGGAUGACACAGAAGUUUUCAAGGUUUGCUUAGACUUUUGGAAUUCGUUUGUGUUGGAACUAUUUGAGGCACACCACAAUUUGGAUAAUCCUGCUGUAACAGCAAACAUGAUGGGGCUGCAGAUGCCUUUGCUACCUGGUAUGGUUGAUGGCCUUGGAUCACAACUGAUGCAGCGGCGGCAAUUAUAUGCUGAGCCAAUGUCAAAGUUAAGAAUGCUUAUGAUUUCUCGUAUGGCCAAGCCAGAAGAGGUUCUCAUAGUGGAAGAUGAAAAUGGCAACAUUGUUCGUGAAACUAUGAAGGACAAUGAUGUUCUCGUGCAAUAUAAGAUCAUGAGGGAGACUUUGAUAUAUUUGUCACAUCUUGAUCACGAGGAUACGGAAAAGCUGAUGCUAAAGAAGCUAAGCAAACAAUUAAGUGGCGAGGAUUGGAAUUGGAACAACUUAAACACAUUAUGUUGGGCAAUAGGGUCUAUAUCUGGUUCGAUGAUGGAAGAACAGGAGAACAGGUUUUUGGUUAUGGUCAUUCGUGACUUGCUGAAUUUAUGCGAAAUCACGAAAGGGAAGGAUAACAAAGCUGUCAUCGCAAGUAACAUUAUGUAUGUUGUGGGACAGUACCCGAGGUUUCUAAGAGCUCACUGGAAGUUCCUAAAAACUGUUGUGAACAAAUUGUUUGAGUUCAUGCAUGAGACACAUCCUGGUGUUCAGGAUAUGGCCUGUGACACAUUCUUGAAGAUUGUUCAGAAGUGCAAGCGUAAAUUUGUAAUUGUUCAGGUUGGAGAAAAUGAACCAUUUAUAAGUGAACUUUUAACAGGCCUUCCAACCACUGUUGCAGAUCUUGAGCCUCACCAGAUUCAUUCAUUCUAUGAAUCGGUUGGUCAUAUGAUUCAUGCAGAAUCUGAUCCUCAGAAGAGGGAUGAGUUUCUACAGAGAUUGAUGGAGCUGCCUAAUCAGAAAUGGGCUGAAAUUAUAGGACAGGCACGCUUAAGUGUUGAUUUCCUGAAGGAUCAAGAUGUGAUAAGGACGGUGUUGAAUAUAUUGCAGACAAAUACAAGUGUGGCCAGCUCUCUUGGAACAUAUUUCUUGUCCCAAAUUUCCUUGAUCUUUUUGGACAUGCUUAAUGUCUACAGGAUGUACAGUGAGCUCAUAUCUAGCAGCAUUGCAGAAGGGGGCCCCUAUGCAUCUAAAACUUCCUAUGUGAAGCUUUUAAGGUCCGUCAAGAGGGAGACUCUUAAGUUAAUUGAAACUUUCUUGGACAAAGCAGAAGAUCAACCCCAAAUAGGAAAACAAUUUGUGCCUCCAAUGAUGGAUCCUGUUCUUGGAGAUUAUGCCAGGAAUCUGCCUGAUGCUAGAGAAUCUGAAGUGUUGUCCCUGUUUGCUACAAUAAUAAAUAAGUACAAAGGUGCAAUGACAGAGGACGUGCCUCGCAUUUUUGAAGCAGUUUUCCAGUGCACUUUGGAGAUGAUUACUAAAAAUUUCGAAGAUUAUCCUGAGCAUCGCCUUAAGUUCUUUUCAUUGCUUCGUGCAAUUGCAACACAUUGUUUUGCAGCAUUAAUUCGCUUAUCAAGCCAGCAACUAAAGCUUGUCAUGGAUUCAAUUAUAUGGGCAUUUCGGCACACAGAAAGGAAUAUUGCAGAAACUGGGCUAAACCUUUUACUAGAGAUGCUAAAGAACUUCCAGGGUUCGGAGUUCUGCAAUCAAUUCUUCCGAACAUACUUUUUGACUAUCGAGCAAGAAAUAUUUGCCGUCUUGACAGACACGUUUCACAAGCCUGGUUUCAAGUUGCAUGUUUUGGUGCUUCAGCAGUUGUUUUGCCUGGUGGAAACUGGCUUGCUAAGCGAGCCUUUGUGGGAUGUUGCAACUGUAGCCUUCGCAUAUCCUAAUAAUGGAUUUUUUGUUCGUGAAUACACCAUAAAACUCUUGAGUACGUCCUUCCCCAAUAUGACUACAGCUGAGGUCACACAAUUUGUGAGCGAACUGUUUGAAUCAAGAAAUGACAUCUCCAAAUUUAAGGAUCAUAUUCGAGACUUUCUCGUGCAAUCCAAAGAGUUUUCUGCACAGGACAACAAAGAUCUUUAUGCUGAGGAGGCAGCCGCUCAGAGAGAAAGAGAGCGACAAAGAAUGCUAUCUAUUCCAGGCCUUAUCGCCCCUAACGAGAUCCAAGACGAGAUGUUGGACUCAUAGUUGGUGGGUAGCUAGCUAUUGUUUAAUGGAGGAGCUAAUUGUGUGGUGGAUGAUGAGGCAGAGUUGUUGCUGUGGUGGGUGGCCUUGAUGAUUCAUAUUUCAUUCUCGCGAAGAAGAGAUGGCGAUUUUUUUCUCCUUGUUAGUUUCCGGUUCGGUGGUGUGUUCUUCUUCCGGAAUUUUCUUUAGUGAAAAAGUAGAAAAACCACAAAAAGGGACACCCCCCUGGGCACCAAUGAGCGUGGCUGAAUUGGAUGAAGAUGGUGGGGUGUAGAGUAUUUUAGUUGCUGAUUUAGGAAAAAAAUAUAUAUGGAGAGAGAGUCAUUGUACGGUUUUGCUGGAUAUAUCCACUUCUUCAUAAUUUGUAGUUGACGGAUAUGGAUGGGGGCGCAGACUGUUUUAAUGACUCAUUUUGCAGUACUUGAUGAUCAUGAUGAUGAUGAUUUAUUCAUCUUUAGGGGGUAAUAUGUAUACUAACUUUGGCCUAGUUGUGCAGAUUUUACUUUCUUUUCUCCUUUUCUUGUUAUUUAUUAUUAUUCAUAGGGUGGUGGUGGUUGGUGGGUUGUGUUUCUUUCUAUAUUUUCUUCAAGGAGGUUUAUUUUUUGUUUACUUAUCAACGAUUUAGUUAAAUACAUAUGUAUUUUUUCUUCUUUUUUAAUAGAUGUUUGUUUUGUUA